AUGAAAGACGCAGCAGACCCGCAUCUCCAUGACCAACAAGCAGGCUUCCGAAAGGAGAGAUCGUGCACGGAUCAGAUCACAACCCUGCACAUCAUUCGGAAACAAUCUCUGGAGUGGAAUUCGCCGUUGUGGAGGUGGAAAGUGAAAGUGGAAUUCAACUUUAUUGACUAUGAAAAGGCGUUCGACAGCGUUGACCGGGAGUUCCUCUGGAGACUUAUGAGGCACUACCGAGUGCCAAAAAAGAUCACCAACAUCAUCAGGAAGUCUUAUGAGGGAAUGACCUGCAGAAUUGUUCAUGGCAGGCAGCACACAGAUGCCUUUGAAGCUGCAUCCAAUACGACAUGGCAAUCCCUCACAUGGAACCCCCAAGGGAAAAGGAAGAGAGGGUGGCCUAGAAACACCUGGCUCAGUGACCUAGAUGCAGAUGCUAAGCGGAUGGGCCAAACAUGGGGGCAGCUAGAGGGAGUCGCCCAGAACUGA